AGCGCCAGUUCCUCCUCCACGACAUGGUGCGCAAGUCCGGCGACGUCAACGGGCCCUGCGUGUUCAUGACGCUGCUGUACCUCGCCAGCCAAACCACGGGCGCACUGGACAUCUUUGACGACGCCGAGCUGCUCCCCGCGCUGCUCUACUACUUCCUGUUCAUGGCACACGUCCUCGCCAUCGCCGCGGUCUGCCAGUGGCCUGCGCUGCAGUUCGAAACCCUGGCCAUGGAGGUCCAAGGUCUGUCCAUCAAGUACCCACAGGCCUUCGAUCCGAGCGCCGUCAUCGAGGUCCGGUGGCUACUCACGUGCAUCGAGAGGCAGGACAACCGAUACAGCCUUUGGGGGAUAUGCCGCUGCGACGAGAGCGCCAUCACGACAGCGCUGUCGGCAGUUUGCAUGUACUUUUUCACAUGCUUCACGUCGCAGGGCUUCGACACAGCCAAAGACAACAAUAUUUAGGAAAGUCAUUCUGGACAAUUUUGAAAAUGUCACCCUAUUGAAGUUUGAGAGAAAGCUGCAGUAAAGUUUCAAUAUUGUCCAUUUGGCUGAGCGAUAGCGAAGCCCGUUACUCCAGUGCGGUAGAAAAGUUUUGUCUGUCUGUCUGAGUGUGUGUGUGUGUGUACACCAGGCAUGGGCACGGUACUCUAAAAUCAGUACCGCGGUACUUUACCGGUACUUUCGAAAAUUUCGGUACCGCGGUACUUUACCGGUACUUUUGAAAUUUUCGGUACCGCAGUACUUUACCGGUACUUUUAAAAGUACCGACGGUACCGUAUUGCGUUACUUUCAAAAAUUGAAGAAAAACGAAAACGGCAAUGCAAAAAGAAAGAGAAAUCGAGGGGGGAGGAAGUGGAUCAAAGUGCUAAAAAAAAUCAGGACAAUAAAUUCGUAUAAACAAUAAGUUCAAGGUCAAAGUAAAUAUAUUGUGGCUGAUAAAAAGAAACUGUUAACAAUGUACAUAUUUAAAAUGAGUCUUACAUUGCAUGAAAAGCAAUACAAAAUUAAUAAUAUAAAAUCUAAUUAAAAUAUGAAGUAAUGUACAAUAAACUAAAAGUCACUGUUAACACCACAAAGGACGAGGUUUUCAAGUGUCCUGUCGCCUAGCCUGGUCCUUUUUCGAGUCAUUACAUACACAACUCCCCCUGAACGGCUCA